AAGAGACAGGCCUAGAAGAAACUGGUCUUUUAUAGUUCUAGAAAUUAUUGCAAAUUUUUUGUUGGAGAACUAAUGGAUGGUAUUUGAAUUAAUAAAGCCUUAUAUUUUUCCAGCCUCAAAUGGGAUAUAUAUUCAAGAUGAAGGACUUCAGAAGUUUUUGCUCAAUUUUGAUAUUGUUCAUCACGACAACAGUAGUCGAUUGCCACUUUGAAAAUUUUUUUCACCACAAUCAUAGAAGAUCUACGACUGCAGUUCCUAGCACCUCAGCUGUUGAAAGCAAUGAGGUUAGCGAAUCACUGCAAAACUCUGGUGCCUUUGAUGAUGAUUAUGACAGAGCAGUUAGACUAGGUGUUGGAGUCAUCGUAGCUAUAGUAAUAUCAUGCAUCGUAGCUGCCUGUUGCUUGUGCUACUGCGUCGUACGUUGCUGCUCAGCCUUGUGCAGCGAUGAACAUAGGGGUGGUGUCAUCGUCAUGAACAAUCCCAUUCAUGAAAGACCAGCACCUCCACCCCAAGUCAUUGUCCAACAGGUUCCAGUUGCCUAUCCAACUUAUCCAUCCCAACAUUACACGGGUCAAGUGAAUCCAACGAUGCAACAUUAUCCUCCUCAGCAAAUGCAUCAAAGUCAAUAUAUGCAACAACAAAGUGCUCCGGGUGAUGAGCCAAGAAAGUUCAUGCCUACUCCAGAAAUGUAUGCACACUCCCAGUAUUCACCAACGGGUAAUAAUUAUGGCAACAUGCAACCUGCUAUGGCUCCUCCUCCAUAUGAAUAACGCGCAUUGUUUGCGGUCUUGUAUUAAUAUCAAUAAAGUUUAGAAACGGUAAAAUAUUAACGAUUUCUAUUGCAGUAAACGGAUCCGGAUGGUGAACCGAGGAAAUUCUUGCCUACUCCAGAAAUAUAUGCACUGUUUUAGCAAUCACCAAUUAUUUAUAUCUAUGGAAAAAUGCAACCUGAUGCAUAUUUUGUACCACCCCUUUUGCAUAUGAAUGAUCUGCACUAUUAUAUCUUCUUAAUAUUAAAAAAGGCUCAUAAAUUAAUGUUUUUGUUUUCCUUCGCAUCAAAAUGUUCCGCAUCAUAAUCUUAUAGAGUUACGUAUGCUGCGAAAUGGUAUCCACGCUACCACCAACGGGCAAUAAUUAUGCCAGCAUGCAACCUGCUAUGGCUCCUCCUCCAUAUAAACAAGAUACAUUUUUGUCUUGUAU